AGCGGUGUGAGGUCACAGUGCUGACGUGCGCCGUUAACAACACACACACACACACCGCCUGCCAAAGGGAGUCCACAAACAAAGUGGACUUCAUCUGGGCGCAACUCUCCGUCCGCCUCCAUCUCUCCGACAGUGCGGGUGCUCGGCAGCGAUGUCCCUGAGCGGCUCUCAGUCCAGAGAGGACGGCCUGCAUGGCUCCUGGGUUGAACUGGAGGGAUUUACUGCUGCUGUGUCCAGCCGUAGGGACAGUGUGAUAGGCCCACAGAGCACCACCUCGUCUCUCCUGCAGGGAGAGCUGGAGAAAAUCCUGCUGGAGGCACAACUGGAGUGUGAGAGGAGCAUCCACACAGACAGCCCCUUUGAGCUGACCCCCCAGGCAGCUGGCUCCCCACAAGCGGGCAGCGAGGGAAGCAGCGGCACAGAUUCCAUCAUACAGUUGGAUGAUGGUCAGCGUGGUCUCCACAGUGGGAGACAAGUCAGCGCAGAGUGGGUGUGGGACUGGUCCAGUCGACCAGAAAACCAGCCCCCCAAGGAGUUCAUGUUUCAGCGAUCAAAGCAGUCCAGCUCUCUCAGUGUGAGGAAGAGUGAGGUGAUGAAAAGGGGGUUUUUCUCCUCUGAGGUUCUCCUGCUGUUCAUCCCAUCCCUGCUGACCACACACCUACUCACACUGGGACUGGGAAUCUACCUAGGAAAACGACUGGCUGCCUCAUCCACAAGCACACUGUGACAUGCACCCCAGGGCUGAGCUUCCUUUGGCUGAAAGCCCAGCCUAGAGGAUCACAGCCCCCUCUGUCGUUAUGAACACCUCCCUUCUGCUGUACUCGCGGAGGUGUUAGGGGACCAACCUGUUGUUACUUAUGUCUCUUUCUCUCUGUCUGUCACUUUGUUAGUGAUUAGCACACCCUCCCCCGUCACCCACUGGGAGUGCGGCGGUAGUCAGACCACCAUCAGGGAUCAGUGACAACAAAGUGGGGACACUCAAACAUACAAGUCUGAGAGUGCUAUAAGUGGAAGAACAAGUGUGUUAUGACUGCGUCAUAUAUAGGAAAGGGUGGGAAAUGUAGAGGAUGCAAAUAGUAAAAAAAAAAAAAAAA